AAUCUUUACAGGAUUUGCUAUUGCAAAUGCAUCACUACAAUGCUGGGGUUAAACAAAGUGCUCUUCUCGGACUUAAAGAUCUUUUGUCUCAAUACCCACAUAUCAUUGAUGCACACCUUUCACAUAUCUUAAGUGAAGUGACCGCUGUGUUUACAGAUAAAGAUGCUAAUGUGCGAUUAGCAGCAGUUCAGCUUCUUCAAUUCCUGGCCCCCCAAAUACGAGCUGAACAAAUCUCUCCAUUUUUUCCUUUGGUAAGUGCCCAUCUCUCUAGUGCCAUGACUCACAUUACUGAAGGAAUUCAGGAGGACUCUCUCAAAGUUUUGGACAUUCUGCUGGAACAGUACCCAGCUCUCAUUACUGACCGUAGCAGUAUAUUGCUUAAGAACUUUGUAGAGCUUAUUUCUCAUCAGCAGCUGUCCAAAGGACUGGUGAAUAGAGACAGAGCCCAGUCCUGGAUACUUUCUGUAAAUCCUAAUCGGAGACUCACUUCUCAGCAGUGGAGGCUGAAAGUCUUAGUGAGACUCAGUAAAUUCCUUCAGGCCUUGGCAGAUGGAUCCAGUAGGUUGAGAGAAAGUGAAGCACUUCAGGAACAAAAAGAAAAUCCCCAUGCCACUAGCAACUCCAUUUUUAUCAACUGGAAGGAACUUGCCAGCGACCAUCAACACAUCCAGGUUUAUGAGAAUGGGGGUUCACAGCCAAAUGUCAGUUCACAGUUCAGGCUACGGUACCUGGUCGGAGGGCUAGGCAGUAUGGAUGAAAACUUGUCAUCCGCCGAAAGUCUGAAAGGCUUCAUUGAGAUAAUAAUUCCCUUGCUGAUUGAAUGCUGGAUUGAAGCUGUGCCCCCACAGCUGACUGUUUCUGUUGGAAACGGUAUAGGGCGAGAGCCUUUGCAGGUUAUGCAACAAGUCCUUAAUAUUAUUUCCCUUCUGUGGAAGCUCUCCAAACAGCACGACGAAACCCAUAAAUUGGAGUCAUGGCUUCGAAAGAAUUAUCUUGUUGAUUUCAAACACCAUUUUAUGAGCCGUUUUCCAUAUGUUUUGAAAGAAGUAACCAAGCAGAGAAGGAAAGAGACAAAUAGAAGCAUCAAGCAUUGCACGAUUCUCUCCAAUAAUGUAGAUCAUCUCUUACUGAAUUUAACACUAUCUGAUAUCAUGGUCUCCCUGGCAAAUGCCUCAACUCUGCAAAAGGACUCCAACUGGAUAGAGAUGAUAAGGAAAUUUGUGACCGAGACUCUUGAAGGCGGCUCUAGGCUGACUAGUAAGCAGCUGAACGGGCUGCUUGGGGUGUCAUGGAGGCUGAUGCAGAUUCAGCCAAGCAGAGAGGCUACAGAAUCUCUCAUCAAGGCAGUUUAUACAUUAUAUCAGCAGAGGGGCCUUCUCCUGCCUGUGCGGACUUUGUUGCUCAAGUUUUUCAGUAAAAUCUAUCAAAAGGAGCAACUGAGAACUUACAGAAUCAGGUACCGGAGUAAAGUGUUGUCUCGUUGGCUGGCGGGCUUACCACUGCAGCUGGCUCAUCUUGGCUCCCGAAACCCUGACCUCUCAACACAACUCAUCAAUAUUAUCCACACGGCUGCAGCUCGAGCACAUAAAGAGCUACUGAAAAGUCUACAGGCCACUGCUCUUCGAAUCUAUGAUCCACAAGAAGGCUCUGUGGUGGUUCUCCCAGCAGAAUCUCAGCAACUUUUGGUCCAGCUUGUGUAUUUUUUACCCAGUCUGCCUGUUGAUUUGCUUUCUCGAUUAAGUCGUUGCUGUGUUAUGGGAAGACUCAGUUCGAAUUUGGCUGCGAUGCUUAUUGGGAUACUGCAUAUGAGAUCCGCAUUUUCUGGAUGGAAGUAUUCAGUUAAAGAUGGGUUGAUAAGUGAUGUGGACUAUUUCAGCUUCUUAUUUUCAACACUUACAGGGUUUUCAAAAGAGGAGCUGACUUGGCUCCAGAGCCUCCGAGGAGUCCCUCAUGUCAUCCAGACACAGCUCUCCCCUGUUUUUCUUUACCUUACGGACUUGGAUCAGUUUCUGCACCAUUGGGAUGUAACAGAGGCCAUCUGUCACAGUUUACAGGUCAUCCCUUCUCGAAGCCAGAGCUUUGACAUCCUGCAAAGUGCCAUCAGUAAGCAUUUGGUUGGGUUGACUGUGAUCCCCGACAGUACAGCUGGCUGUAUUUUGGGUGUUAUCUGUAAGCUCCUGGAUCAUACGUGUGUACCUAGUGAGACACUGCUGCCAUUUUUGGCUUCUUGUUGCUACAGUCUUCUUUAUUUUCUGCUUACUUUAGAGAAAGGAGAAGCAGAGCAUCUGAAAAAGAGGGAUAAACUCUGGGGCAUCUGCGUGUCCACCCUGGCUGUGCUGCCGCGAGUCCUGAGGCUGAUGCUGCAGAGCCUGCGAGUGAGCAGAGCUGGGCCUGAGGAGCUGCCUGUGGUGGGCCAGCUGCUCCGCCUGCUGCUGCAGCACGCGCCCCUGCGCGCUCACAUGGUGGCCAACGCCGCGCUGGUGCAGCAGAUCAUCAAGAACUUCGCGACACUGAAGAGUGGGGGCACCCAGGAGCAGUGGCUUUCAGACUUGCACUACUGCUUCAACGUGUACAUCACCGGACACUCCCAGGGCCAGGGCACACUGCGUGCGGUGUAUUGAGGAAGCACCGUGGCACCUCCUGUUUGAAAGUGUCCAUUCACCUCUAAUUUUGAAGAGACUGGUGUCAUAAUAAAUGUUUGUCAUUAAAGCUGAACUUUUUAAAAGAAGUCGUUUACCAACCUUCCUUUGCAAUGAAGAAAAUAAUGCUUGGGGGAGUCCCCACUGGUCCACGGACUGGCGGGCGUCCUGGAUUGCCAGAGGAUGCGCGGGCUGCAGGUGGUGGUGUCUUUUCAUUCCACAUCUGGCACCUUCUACUCAGCAAGCGAGAUGUUAGCUCACGCUUGUUGAUCGACCUUGACAAAUGUCACUGUAUUUUGUUUGACCUCAUUCAGACAGAAACCAGUUUGGGAAUGGCUGAUUGCCUGUAAACAUCACUGGAGUCGGUUUCUCAACGUGAAGCUCUGUAUAGAGGAGUUCCACAGCUUCUCUACAGAGGCAGGAUUUCAAGACGGUGCUAGAUUGCUUCCUUUCUCUCGUGCACACUAGACGAUGCUUGGCCUGAUCCAGAUGAACUACCUUCAAAAUAAUUUUCUACCAAUUUCAUUGUAAUCCUUAAAACGUUACUAGCAGGGGCCCUGUGGUGGUGCACUUGGUUGAACGCACCUUACCAAUAAGGACCUGGGUUCAAGGCCUCAGUCCCUACCUGGUUUGUAGGUGUUGUCUUGCUGUCUCCCUCCCUCCUCAAUGUGUUUGUCCUAUCAAAAUAAGAAAAGUGAAAUAAAAAUUAAGCAAAAAAGUUUUUUCACGUUACUAGAUAUGUAGUGACUUAUACAUCAAAAUUAAUAUAUAUGACUAAUUUGAUCCUUUGAAAAUAAUAAGCAAAGAGUAAUUCAUACUUGACUGCUGCAUAGCUCUGAUAGUGAGGCUGGAAGCUGUCCUACAAAUCUUCGUGGCCCAAAUGUUCCUGCCUGUGCCUUCUGCCUGCAUUCUUAACAGCUUUGCCCUUUUAAAGAACCAAGACGCCCGCCAGCCAGCCACUGGGUUUUAUGGAGACCAGGUAUUUUUCAAGAGUUACACUGUUACGGAGCCAGCAGUCCCCCGUGCCUGCAGUGCCUGCAGAGACGGCAUUUAACAAGCUUGUUCACCUCUGCAGGUCAGGCAGGAAACACAAGUGGGAUGUUAAGGCCUGAACCGCUGGCGCCUUGUGCAGGAAAGUCCGUAAACCUUCAUGGCCGAUCCCUUGGCACCUCCACGCUGCUGCCGGUGCUCAGCUGUGCCAAGGCGGAAGUGGCAGCAGCCCGAGGCCUUCAGAAGCAAGUAUAAAGUGUGAGAAAUGAACAGUGUGCCUGUAGCCCAUACAGGCCC